AGCAAGAAAGUUGUGUAAACGUAACGUCCAGUUUCUUUUCUCGAUGUGUUUGGGACAGGGCUAUAAAUGAUGAUGUCAAGCUUAAGUUGUAUUUUUUGACAAUCUAGUAAUUCGUAGUUACGUAGUAAAAUUAUUUAAUAAAUUUUAUUAUGACACUUAUAAACCAAAAUCUUAACACAUUGUAAGACUUGUACAAGACACUUCAAGCAAAGACUAUGACAACUGAGCUGUGAGUUGCAGGUUUUUACCCUUCUCUACUAGAACACCAACUAGAUAUGGAAAGAGCAAGCAAAGCAAUCCGUCGUGGUGGUGUUCGUUUAAAAUCACUAGGUGGUGGCCAUUCAGAGCUUCAUAUGGUUAUCUCUGAAAUGAAAGAUGUACAGCAAGCAGCCAAAGUCUUCACAACUGCUCAGAAUUCAGCUGCUCAGGAUAUGACUUCAUGGGCUGCAGAUGAAAACAGGGCUAUUCAAGAUAUCAUGAGCCACCUGGCUGAGCUCAACAAUUUAUGGACAGAUGUGCAGAAAGAAUUUACAGAACACCUGAAAAACUUUAAGCAUCAGUUUGAAAUGAUUUUGGAUGGAGAAAAACAAGUUGAUAAUGCUCGUGCCCACCUGGCCCAAUGUGAACAACGAGAACUACGAAUCAGAAAAGAGUUAAAGAAAGCUGCAAAGAAAGCAACAGUUGAAGAAAUCAACAACUUGGAAAUCAAGCUGUCUCAGGCUGAACGAGCAAAGGAUUUGGCACAAUUAGAAAUGAUGGAGCGUGUACAUGAAAAUGAAUCUGUGAAACUCAUAAGAUUGAAAGAAGGACUGAUCAAGGUUUCUGAUGCUUAUGUGGAGAUGUCCAGUAAAUGUGCAAUCAUUUUUGAUGCUCAAAAGGAGAUAUCCCAUUACGUUCCAGAUGUUCAUGAUAGAGACUUAAAUGAGGUCAAAUACACUGGGUCAGGAUCCACUAAGUUGGCAGUAAUUAAAGCUAGAGAAAAGGUUUUACAGUACAGACAACAUAACUAUCGUCUCCUUCCGUGUAAUCCCUCCAUAGAAGAUCCUCCACCUCCUUACACACCAGGGCUUUGUAAUCCAAACACUGGCAGGCUGUAUGAUGAUGAAGAAUCUUCAAGGAACAAUCAGCUUGGUAACCAAAGUACAGUGCAAAGACAACGUGCAGUGCCAUCUGAUUCUCUGCCAUCAUCUGAUACAUCAUACAUUACCUGUCUUCCUUUAGAAACAGUCAGACAAGUCUCAUCAUCCUGCCUUCCAACACAGAACUCUGACAUACAGUGGGAAACAGAAAAUUGUUAUCCGGAUGAUUUAGCUGAAGCUCUUGGGGCUGCCAAAAUUUGAUUGUAAAAUAGUAACCCAGAGUGGAGCAGCAUAGCCUCUGUGAUACUCUUAACACAUGGUUAUGAAAGAAUGAUUGCGAAUAAAACUAACAUUUUCGAAACAUAUUACAGCACAGUGGAAACAUAAGACAGUAUGGUGGUGUGUUGUGUUUGGAAAAAUGUUUGUUCCUUCAAUUUCUGUAAUAUCAACUUUUGCUCAUUUGCAGCCACCACCCUCAUCAACUCUAGAGAUGUUAUAGUUCUUAUGGUUUUUGUUCUGCAGUUUUAUGGAAGAAACCCACAGAAAAUGUUCUUUAUUUAUAUUACAUGUAUUUGAAUUAGAAAUGGCAAUGGUUGUAACUUGCUAUAAGAAGAGCUUAAAUUAGUUAAGGAAAACAUAUUGUGGAUGUAAUUGAAUUUUGGAGAACCAGUGCUUAAUGUAUUUUAAGAUUGUGUUGGUAGUGUUGCUCACAUUUAUCUAUGGUAAUUUCAUGGGUUGAUAAAAAUGCACAUAUAAAAGGAUAUCUGUUUUAGAAUUGCUUUUUUUUUUAUAGUUCUGAUAUUGUAAAUUUUCCCAAACAUAUAAAGAUAUAAUGUUGAGGAAAACCACUCUUGAUGAACAUAUUACAAUAUAAGAAAACCAUUUGUUAUUCUGGAUGUGUAGUUUUUUUUGUAGGCAGUUGUUAAAUAUGUGUGGGUGUGAAAUAGAAAGCAUAACAAGUGUAUUCUUGAUGUUUGGUUGUUAAGAUUUUGCUUAUUACAUGAUCAUCUGUCGUAAUAGAGAAUCGUGUAUCCCUAAAAUUGUAGUUUUAAAAUAUUCAUUUUAUAAUACAGCAUUUCAUACUUUGAAGGUUCUAAUAUUGUUAGCAUAGCCCUUUCAAUCAUGGAAUAAAUCAUAAUUAUUUGUAAAAUAAAUGUUUUUUUUAACUUAUAGAUCUUUCAGAUAGAUUGGAAAACAAAAAAAUGUUUGUAUAGUGAAUUCAAGCUAUGAGAGCUUCCUAAGAGAAUGUUCAUUGUGUAAUAAUAUAGCAAGUAAAUCCUUUCCUGCUUAUUAAUCUAUUCUUCUCGUGUGGACUAGUAUAUGUGGCAGUAACAAAUCCUUGCAAGACUUAAAAGUGGUGAAAAUGUUUCCAUACACUUCAUUUCAAACACUUUUUCUAUAAGGAUGUUAAAUGCUCUUAAUAGUCAGCAAAUAAUAUCUUCUAAGGAACUGUCCAGUAAUAUUAAUUAAAUAGGAUAUUAUGAGGUAAAAAUAUAUUUUUUUUUUUUUACUUCAGGCUUUAAUUUCUUUGCUUUAAUUAAUUAGUUUUAGAUAAACAGUGAAGUGGAAACACUAAUUAUAAUUUCCACAAAAUAAAGUUACUUACCCAGAAAGAAACUCUUAGAAAAAUGCAAGAUGAAAUUCAAAUUAAGACUCUUCCAAUUAAAUUGAAACAUGAAUACCGUUAGUCUUCCAUACAUUACCUUUGUAGUUAAGAAUUUAGUUUUAUCAUGUUGAGAAUCACAUUUUAAGAUUUGUAAAUAUUAUAUAUGUAUAAGAUGAUUGAAGUUAUAACUUUUAGAAAUAAUUGAUAAAAGGAGGAAAUAUCUUUGAAUGGAAAAAAAAAGCAGUUGCUAUUUAGAAAUUACCACCUGUAACAUUUAUCACACAGUCUGUUUCUGAGUUCUUAAAAUAUUGGAUUAGUUUAUAUACUGUUAUCAGAUGAGUGUAUAUUUCUUGUAGUUUCAAUUCUGAAAAACUAGUUUAACAUUCCUGUCAUAAAGACAACUCCAGGAUAAAACUGACACUUAUGAUAGAGAUAUAUUAAUGGGUAGUUGCUCUAUCACAACUUUUAUCUAAGGAUAUACUGCUGAUAUAUUUCUAGAAUCUUUGUUUGCAUGUGCACCUUAAUCAGGUUUAAAAGAAAAUAUUAAUAAUAACUGUUUUACUGGCUUUGGCUAAGUUAUAUCCAACACCAACCUAUAGCAAGUGAAAAAAUAUAUUUGGAUGUCUCUGUGACCAAAUAAUUUGUCAUCAAGGAAAGUAACAGUUCUCUAUUAUAGACAAUUUGAACCAAUUCUGAGAGUGAAAAAGUAUCCCAUAAGGAAGUAGAUGCGAGUAGUUUAACAAAUGGAAUGCACUUUCCAGUUACAUUGUUAUACAUAUUUGAUGAAGUAAACAAUUUUUAAUGACUGUAUUGACUACUACUGUUUCUGGUGGUUUCAAAUCUUUAGUCUCUACAGACUAUAGCAAGUUUAAUUCUGUAUGUUUCCCUAACUUUCUUUAAUGUAUAAAACAAUGUUUUAAGUCAACUUGAAAGCUUGUUAGAUGUUAUUACAUAAAAGUACAAAACCUAUAUUGUGAACAGCUGAAACUGAAGUUUUGAACAACAUCAGUUCUCUCCAACUCAGCUUCACCGAUGACAUUGUUUUCAGAAGGACGAGUGAGAACUGAUGUUGUUGAAAAUUCUUUCUCAAGAUGGUUGAUAUGGGUUCUUUUACCUAAUCUUUUCAAGUUAAGUAAAUGUAAUGAAAACCUAUGAACUAUGUGUAACUGGAAAGGUAGUUAACGACAAAAUAUGUUGUUGAAUGCGAGUGUGAAAAUUACACCAAUUUUCUAAGCUUAUUAUAAAAAGGUUGUGAAAGCAGUAUUUACUCAUGUAUUAAUAUGAUUUUAUAUUAUUAACAUAAAUAAAAUAUACAAAUUAAUUCAAGUUCUUUAUUUUAGAUGAAUAAAAAUUAUCAAAGAUGCUAUAAAUCAUGACCUGGAGGACAACAGAGUUUUCAAUACAUAUUAUAAUAUCAAUGAUUCUUGAUGUUGGUUGUCUAAAUUCUUAAUGUCUUGUCUAGGUUUUCUGCAAAUCUAGUGAUUUGUAUAUAGCAUAGUUUUCGUACACUUCAAACUUAGAUAAUUUUCCUUCUAUGUUUGAACUAAUUGCUUAAGAUUUUAAGUGCUGGUAAGUGAUAAGCUUAAGAAUUAUUUAUUUCUCCAUGUUACACCUUGAAUAUCAUACCAUUUUUGUGUUUAUAUAAAAAUGUUGGACAGGGUAUAGUGUUUUUUUUUUCUGAGUAUGUUUUACUCCAACUGAGUUUGUUUACACGUAUUUUUGUUCUUGCAACAGAUGCUCCUACUUAGUAUACAGAACAAUACUUGUAAUAGAAUCUGAAUUUUUGAAGCACGUAUAAUGAAAAGAUAAAUGAAUGACAAAAAAUA